GGUGCUGGAGAAUGCGCGUGCUACUCCUUGCAACAGGAGGAGUCCAGCUGUGCAUGCUCCUCUGUCCUUCAUGCCCUGGAGCUGUGGAGUUUGCUCCAGAGGCUCUGGCUCUCCGUCAUGCAGCACUGCUUCACUCAGGGGGAGGCAUGGCCGCAUGCAGCAGCAGCGCUCUGCCAAGUGUGUGCACGCUUGUUCUGUCCAUUCUACUGCUCCUCCAGCUUCUGGUCAGUUCGAUAGUGCCGCGUGAUUCGUCUGCACCCGACUUCACCGUCAUCAGUAUAAGUAGUCACGAAUCCGGAUCAUUAGACUCCAGAGUGGAUGGACGCUCGGACAGCGCGCAGGAACUUUGGCCAAAUGAGGAGACAGCGGCACGAUUGCGCGCCUACGCCGACGAGAACGAGCUGAACUCUCGCCAGACCACAGACAGAAAACUUGUGCUUCAGCCUUGGGCAUCAGGACAACCAUCUUUUAGUGCAGAAGUGCAGCGUCUUAUCCAAUUCAUUACUACACCAGAGGUAAAUUGUUCCAGAUGGCAGGGGUCUGGUGAGUCUGGGUCUGCAUAUGUUGGGGAAAAUUCUGAAGCUCUGUGCUUGAAUUACUGGGCCGCUGGCCAUCCUUGUGUCGCUUACUCUUUCAGUCUGGAUGGGAAGGAUGCAGUGAUUCUGGAAUCCACAUUAAGUAUGAGAUGUGAGGUGCAUCGCUUUGACCCUAGCACUCGGCGCAAACACGGUAGUGGCUCUGGAUAUGGGUCUGUCCAACACCAUCAAGCUUGGCUUGAUUGGAGACGCCCCCGCACUCGACCUCACAGGGGAGUUUUGGGGACUAUACCUCGCAGCCUGGUGGACAUCAUGGACUCACUGGGCCACAGCAUGGUGCAUGUUCUCUGGGCAGAUCUGGAGAGUGCAGAAUGGCGUGUGUUGGAGAGUUGGGUGCAGGAUGGGUCUCUCAAACGGAUCAGCCAGCUCAUUCUGACUGUACAUCUACACUGGGCAGGGUUUGAAGUGGGUGGGACUGAGGCACAAGUAGUGCGAUUCUGGUACAGUGUACUGAGUGCUCUGCACAGCUCAGGCUUCCGCCUGACCCACUCAGCUCCUGGGCCAGGACACACUGUACUGAGACAAGAACUUCCCAAUACACACAGCUCAUACAAACUUACCUGGGUUAGGAUGGGGGAACAAUUCACAUGAUACCCAGCAAUUCUCCAGACUUAUCAAGAAAACUGCUGCAAAUACACAUGCUGCAGAAAGAUCCAGUGACUUUUUAAAAAGAGAAAUUAAGUUGUUGUUGUUGUUGUUGUUGACACUGAAGAAUUUUGUACAAGAGCAUAGUAUUUGGUAAGGUAACCUUAAGGGUAUCUCCCAAGUGACAAGGAGAGUCAGAUUGUGAGUGAGAUCUACUUUUACACUUCUGUCAAUUUGUCAAAUCUGACAGCUAAAUAAAAAGUACCAAUACUUGAUGUACAUAUUUCAUAUUUCAAACAUUAUUUCACUGAAUUAUUUCAUCCAUGUUUGCUUCAAAUAUCUGAUGCAAUUACAGUAAAAUUACAUUUUAGAUUUUAGCUGAAGGCUUCAAACAUGAAGAAAUCUGAUAUUCUUUAUAGAGAUAUUGCACUACCUAUACUCUAACCUCAAAAAGGAGUUCCUCCCAGGGUUCUUUGAAUGGGUAAUGGUUCUUACUAUCUAAACUAUUUAAAGCUACAGAGAGAAACCAAAGAACUUUUUAUGCAUGUAACUCCCAUAAAUGUUGACCUUACAUGGGUGUGCAUGGUUAUUAAUUUUGAAUAUGAUACUGAUUUGGUCUUUAGUUGCACUCAAUGACACUACUUAAUGUCCCAAUAACUAUCCUACUUACAGUAUGUUUAAAUAACAGAAUAAUUAAUUUACUCGCAAAAUUAAUCAACAAUAAGUAAAAUAUAAUUUUACUGUGUUCCACUAGGGGGAGCUGCAGCACCCCUGAUUUUGUAAAUGAAAUACUUUUUAUUUUGCAUAUCACAACUAGACGCAGUUUACAGUUUACAGGCUAAUUAUAAAACACACUCAGGCUGAGUGAGCCAUAUGUUUGGAUAUAAUAGAAUAUAUUUUAUUGGUAGGACCUGUAAGUCAGCGCACACUUUAUUGUACAAAUGAAUGAAAUGCUGCACUGGGAAUUAAAACUCUGUUUUUGAAUUAUGAAGAUUAAACUCGUAGAUAAAACUGACUAAAAAGUGAUUUCUAUUUGUGGACAUUAUGCAUUUUCUGUUUAAUUAUAGAAGUAGACAAGGUGGUAAUCACAAGUGUGGAAUAAUGUUUUAGGUUAGAUUUUUUAUAAAUUCAUAUUUCAUACUGACUUUCUUUUGUUUGUUCAUUGUAUGAUGUAUGAGGUGCCCUCUAGUGAUCAAACUUAGUUACAGCUGUGUGUGCUGAAAACAGACUUAAAAUCUUUGUGUCUAUGUUAGGAGUGCAAACUCCUGUCUUUGUAUAUACUACACUACUUUCUCAUUAGAUUUAUCACCCAUGACAUUUGUUGACAUACACAUUAAAAGUAA